AUGGGGCUGGAUCUUUCUGACAAAUCAACUCCAAGCAAGGCCCCGUUCUACGGCAUUGUCCCAGAAAAUGCUUCUACUCCAAUCGGCACUGUCAUACUCCCAGUCACCUUUGGUACGCCAGGCAACUACCGGACGGAGCUUAUUAAAUUCGAAUUAGCCAGCUUCGAAUCCUCGUAUCAUGCCAUCCUCGGACGACCAGCCUUGGCGAAGUUCAUGGCCGCUCCUCACUAUGUGUACCUACUACUCAAGAUGCCAGGACGGACAGGAGUUCUCACAUUUCGUGGCAAUCUUCAGAAAUCAUUCCAGUGUGAGAAGGAAGCCAUCACCUACGCUUCUACUAACCUCCUGCCACACACUGCAAGGGAACUACUCGUUGCAGCACAGCAGUUCUCUGCGUCAGGAAUGGAGAUUCCGACGAAGAAGGCAAACCGCUCCGCCCCAAAACCACCCGAUAAUGUGGGCGUAAAGGUGAUUCAGCUCCAAGAUGAUGAUUCCUCCAAGAUCGCACUAAUAGGGACAAGGCUCACUGACAAAUAG